GGACUCGAGCCAUUUCAGCUAAAGGCAUGACUCUGGUCAGCCCUCUGCAGCUGCUGCUGUUUGAAUGUAAAAAGAUUACUUCUAAUGGAGAUAUUGUGGAGCUAGAUGAGUGGAUCAAAUUGCGCAUCCCCCAUCAUGUGGCUGGUGGAAUCUUGGCCCUGAGAGCAGCUCUGGAGGCUCAGGUGGUAGAGGUGACCAAAGACCCAGAGUACAUCAGACAGAUGGACCCCACCACCCAAAGGCUCAUCAACCUCAUCAGACAAAUCUCCAACUCGACAGCUAUGGGCAUGAACAUGAUGAAGAGCCAAAGGUACAAGACAGCACCACGAAUCUGGGGAAUAGAACAAAUAUAUGGGGAAUAUUUAACAUUUUGAGACUUUCUGUAUUAAUUGGACUGUGACUGAUUUGAACUUAUUCUAGUCAAGAUAAUAAUAAUAAAUAAGAUAAAUGCUCUUUACAU